CCCAACAUCUUCUUUGUCUCUCUCCCUGUCGAGCCUUUUUGCCAAGCGAAGCAGAGCAACUCAGCAAACAACGCAGAAGAGACACGCGAGUUGGUGAGCCGCCUAGCCUAACCAAGAAAGCAAGCGAGUGCUGUGCAUGGCGGCAGCGGAGUGCUGGUGCUGGCCGCUGCCGGCGUGGCUGGGCUCCGGCGCGACGUGGUUCGUGCUCCUAAACGUCGUCGUGGGCGCCAUCUUCGUCCUUUCCUCGCGGACGCAGCCGCAGUCGCCGUCCCCGCGACGCGGUGGUGGGGGCGGGAUCACGCGCAGGGCAUCGUCGGUGCUGCUGCAGCGGCUCCGGUCCUUCUCCACCUUCUCCUACCCGUCAUCGGGCUUCGGCACGGCGCCGGACUCGCCCGCCACCUCCCGUCGAACAGAGGAGGCCGGGACGACGACGCCCAGAAGGUCGCCGUUGACGCCACGUGCAGCCGCACCAAAGGCGACGGCAGAGCCAACCACACCGGCGGCGAAACAGGAAGAGGAUGAGGAGGACGCGAACUCCAUGAGCAUGGACGACGUGUACGCGCUGGUACUGGCGGGACGGCAGCAGCCGCCGCCGACGGAGGAGGAGGCGGCCAGGUCGGAGGUGGACGCCAAGGCGGAGGAGUUCAUCCGGGGGUUCAAGGAGGACCUCAGGCAGCAGCGCCUCGACUCCAUCUUCAACUACACCCAGAUGCUCAAGAACCGCGCCGCCGGCCACCGGCAGCCUGUACCAGCGGCAGGCACCAAUCAUUGAUCACAUCGUCGUUCCAUCCUCACGUGAUCGCUGAAGGUUCAAGCCAAAUCCAGGGCACAACUCAAGCUUGAGUUGCUGUCAUGGACGUCGCCGCGGGCUCGCCGCCAGCAGCCGGUCCGGCCCACCUUCGGCUCACGUGUUCAUUGCUUCAUUUGUUUGUUUGUUUAUUCAGGGGAGAGUCAUCCGUUUUUUGAGAUGCUCUCGUCGUGUCUGUGUACAUAGACAUUGGUUGGUCGGAUGUUUAGAUGUUUCAUGUAGGUUUGUGCAGAUUGUUUGGAGUGGUUUUCAUUUUUUUUUUCUUGGUUUGGCUUCUUUCUAUGCAUUGAAAUCAGUGUUCUUUUGUUGUGAGCACAUUCAUUCAUUUGUAACUGGAGACCAUGUAAAUAACCGCAUACCAAAUGAGACAGGAUAUGUGCAUUUCA